AUGAAGUACUUUCAAGCCACUGGUCUUCUUCUUGCGGGUGUUGUCGGAGCGAACGCUCGCACCUUCACCGUGUUCAAUGCUUGUCCGUUCACUAUCUGGCCUGCUAUGUUUACCGACUUGAAUGUCGCGCCGAACGUCCCGAACUUUGCUACAGGCUGGGAGGCUGGAGCAUUCACGUCGGUGUCCUUCAGCGUUCCAGACAACUGGAAGGCUGGAAGAAUCUGGGGCCGGCGCAACUGUGACUUUAGCUCGAACCCUGGGCCCAACUCUUGCUUGGACGGAGGUUGUAACGGAGGGCUUCUCUGUGAUGCACACACGGGUACAGGCGUCCCACCUGCUUCAGUGGCCGAGUGGACUUUACAAGGGGAUGGUAAUAGAGACUUCUAUGAUGUGUCCUUGGUGGAUGGGUACAAUCUACCGAUGAGAAUCACUAACAAUGUUGGAUGUCCAGUUGCGGACUGCGCCGUCGAUCUUGGGCCUAACUGUCCCGCUCCGCUCAAAGGGCCCUUUGAUGCAAGCGGUUUCCCUGUAGGCUGCCGUAGCGCAUGCCAGGCUAAUUUGGACGGGAAUCCAGGCAACUCGGCCAACUGCUGCUCUGGGUCCCACAACACCCCACAGACAUGCCCCCCAAGUGGUGUUGCGUUCUACGACUAUUUCAAGAGCAACUGCCCGAAUUCCUACGCGUAUGCUUUCGACGAAGGCAGCGGUACCGCUCUGUGGACCUGCGACUCUGGAUUGAGAGCAGACUAUACGCUUACCUUCUGUCCAUAA